AUGGACACGAAUACGACUACCUUGGCCGCUACUGGUUUGUUAGUGUAUUAUUUCGCACCUUGUCAUGAGAAGCAAGUUUCGACAAGCACGGAAACGGAUAUUUUCUCUCCGGUGAUACCAACAAAGAAAGAUAUAGAUAUUAGAUUACCGAGAAACAUUGUGCCGGAUUUAUACGAAUUAUGGCUGAUACCAUUCAUAUGGGAAGGCAACUUCACCUUCCACGGCGAGAUCAAAAUUUUGGUAAACGUAACAAACGAUACGAAUAAUGUUACCUUACAUGCCGUCGACAUAAAGAUUAAUGAGAGCUUUACGAGUAUCAGAGAGUACUCGUCUAACGAUAAGAGCAACAAUAAGACUACGGUAAUCGGGAUUACGGAGCAGAAAAACGAUGCCGAUAGACAAUUUCACGUGAUUAAAACGUCGAAGUUGAAAAAAGGCAAACAAUACAUCAUACAUCUUAAGUUCAUUGGAUAUUUGAACGACGACUUGCACGGUUUCUACAGAAGCUCGUAUACAGUUGAUAAUCAGACAAGAUGGAUUGCUACGACUCAGUUUGAACCGACGGAUGCACGCCGUGCUUUCCCUUGUUUCGACGAACCAGCUUUAAAAGCCAAAUUCCAGAUCAACAUAGCGCGUCCCCAAAACAUGACAUCUAUUUCAAAUAUGCCCAAAAAAGGAAAAACGACGCCACUGCCCGAUUUAGAUACGUACGUGUGGGAUCACUACGAGCGUUCGGUACCGAUGUCCACGUACUUGGUGGCUUUCAUAGUUUUCGAUUUUGAUGUAAAAAAAUCAAAAGAUGGCGACUUUAGAAUUUGGGCGCGCCCUGAUGCUAUUGCUCAAACAGAAUAUAGCUUGAGUAUUGGCCCGAAAAUGCUUAAAUUCUAUGAGGACUACUUUAAAAUCAAAUACCCUUUGCCGAAGAUGGACAUAGCCGCGUUACCAGACUUCGAAGCUGGCGCCAUGGAAAAUUGGGGGUUAAUGAUGUUUAGAGAGAAAGCAUUAUUGUACCAGAAAGAGGAGGAUGGUAUAACGGACAAUGAUAGUAAGCAGCUAAUAGCUCUAGUAUUAGCACAUGAACUCUCUCAUCAGUGGUUUGGGAAUUUAGUGACUGCAAGUUGGUGGACAGAUCUUUGGUUAAAUGAGGGUUUCGCUAGUUACAUGGAAUACAUUGGCACGAAUGCGGUAGAACCGAAGUGGAGGGUGCUGGAACAAUACGUUGUUCAUGAACUUCAAAGUUCAUUCACUUUAGAUGCUUUAGAAUCUUCCCAUCCUAUAUCUAUUGAAGUCGACUAUCCGGAUGAAAUCAAUGAAAUCUUUGACGCCAUUACUUACGUAAAAGGUUCUGCCGUAAUAAGAAUGAUGGAUCAUUUUCUCACAACAGAUGUUUUUAAGAAGGGUUUGACUAAUUAUUUGAAUGAAAAAGCCUAUCAAAGUGCCGAAUCAAAUGAUUUAUGGUACGCUUUGACUAAACAAGCUCAUAAAGAUAAAAUACUUGAUCCGAACAUAACUGUUAAGAAAAUAAUGGAUACUUGGACUCUGCAAACCGGCUUUCCCGUAGUUACUGUCUUACGAAACUAUAGCAAUGGUAGUAUUAUACUGACGCAGGAACGUUUUCUGCUUGACAAUAAUGCUACGAGAAUCACAUCUGAUAAGUGGGAACCAUUAUGGUGGAUACCAAUUACUUAUACGACUGAGAAGCAAUUAAACUUCAAUAACACUCAACCUGUAAAAUGGAUGAAAGCAGAACGUUCGAUCACUCUUAACGAUUUAGAUGUGAAACCAUCUCAAUGGAUACUUUUUAACGUACAAGAAACUGGAUAUUACAGAGUGAAUUAUGAUACGGCAAACUGGAAACUAAUAAUCAAACAAUUGAAUAAUAUUACAAAUUUCAAAAAUAUCUCAGUGAUUAAUCGAGCACAAUUGGUUGAUGACGCUCUUAACUUGGCUAGAGCUGGCAAACUCGAUUAUGAUAUUGCUUUCAAUAUCACAUCUUAUUUGGGCCAUGAAACCGAAUAUUUGCCCUGGAAAGCAACUUUCCGGGCCCUAACUUAUCUCAACAAUAUGUUAAUCAAAUCACGAGGUUACGAUAAAUUUAGGUUGCACGUGCUAAAGCUACUUGAUAAUGCAUACAAGCAAGUCGGUUUCGUUGAUAAACCGGAAGAUUCUCAGAUGACAGUCUUCAAUCGAAUUAAUAUUUUAAAUUGGGCAUGUUAUCUCGACCAUGAGCAUUGCGUUAUGAAAGCUGUGCAAUACUUCAAAUAUUGGCGUAACACUCCUAAUCCGGAUAUUAAUAAUCCGUAA